AUGUUUAGACUCACAGGAAACGCACUCGUCACUGGGGCGGGACAGGGUAUUGGUAGAGCUAUAACCCUAGCAUACGCCAAAGCCGGCGUCGCUGGAAUCGCGAUUGCAGAUGUGGACAUGGACAGGCUCAAGGCUGUUGCCGCUGAGGCGAAGAAGGUUGCCACGAACAAAGACUUUGAGGUGGUUCCUGUGCACACAGACGUAACGAACGAGGAAUCUGUCCGGAACAUGGUUGAAACAACCGUCAAGUCCCUGGGACGGAUCGAUUAUGCAUGUAACAAUGCGGGAGUGGCAGUCCAGAAGAAUACCUUGGCCUGCAAUAUAACAAAGGAAGAGUGGGACUUUACAAACAACGUAAACGUCAACGGAGUGCUCUUCUGCCAGCGCGAAGAGCUCAAAGCAAUGAUGAAGCAGGACCUAGUAUCCUGGGAGGGCCGAGACGGGUUCCGCGGAUCAAUCGUCAACAUGGCCUCCAUAAAUGGAUUCCUUGCAGCACAGGGCGCAACAACUUAUAUCGCCGGCAAGCACGCCGUACUCGGGAUCAGUAGAAACGCUGCACUCGACCACGCGCCCGACGGCAUCAGGGUAAACUCGGUCUGCCCGGGCCCCGUGGGGACGGAACUGCUCGCCCGCAUGGGCCCCACAGCGGACCCCCCGCGCUCGUCGAUGCAGAAGCGGAUUGGCAGGCCGGAGGAGAUUGCGGAUGUGGUGGUGUUUUUGGGGAGUCCGAUGGCGAGCUAUGUUACGGGUGCGUCGUGGGUUGUGGAUGGUGGAUAUAGCGCGUUUUGA